AUGGCGAUCCUUCAGCGUGAAGUUACAAAAGUUGAUCAGUUUGUGUUUGCUACCCUCGAGGCUUCAGAGCUUCUCUUUUGGGGCAGUGGCGAUUCCGACGUAGCACUUCGCGAAGGUGUACUGCGAACCAUAACUGGAGAUUUUGAUAUUUUGGACCCAACCGUUCAUGGCAAUGCAGAAGCCGAAACCCUCUUGCACGCCUUUGUUACCCUUCAGGAGCGAGUGGAGGCCUUACGUCGCUUCGUCCUCAUCAACCGUGCCUCCCUGACUAAGAUAUUGAAAAAAUAUCUGCGUCGCCUUGGCAGUGGCGCCAAUGCAACCAAUAAUUUCAAUGAAACCCCGGAAGAGAGGCCAGUUGCAAAGAACCCCAAGGCAGCCCAGGUGAAACAAUCGUCCCUGGCCUUCCAUGACCUCUUGAGCGUUUCAUCCAAUUUUACAAUUCGCUUCUCGCGCCUGAAAUUGGAUUUCCAAAGAAUGGCUUUGCGGCUGGCUGUACUUACUUUGCCCGUGCUGCGUGCUAUAGCAAGUCACGUUGGAACGCUUGGCCUGUCGUGCAGCUGCAUCGCAUUGAUCCUUGUCAUUGUGGUCAGACACAAGUCUUGGGUGUUGGCGCCUUUCAGGUGGGCAGAGAUCGCCAUUGAGCGCCUUUUGCUCUUUUCUGAUCAGAACGGCACACUGGUUUCGAUUUACAUGUCAAUCCGGCUAUCGCGCUUCAAUCACGUCUUACAUUGCCGUGCGCUUGUCAUGUCGCAGCGACAUUUGCAUGGGAUUGGUCACAAUGUUUUUGCAGUCCUUUUUUUUACUGUCGGCGUUUGUCACACGACCAUAGAGUGUUAUCUUGAUGCAAGAUUCAAGCUUUCUACACCAUGGACCUUGCGACUGCGUCGCAGCAUUGUCGGUUUCACCGCUCUGUGUGUGGUGAUCUUCCUCACCUUUCUGUACUUGGGAGCGCAUCACUGGGAGCAACGAGAUAUGAACCUACUUCUUAUCGCUGCCAUAGCCGAGAUUGCCGCACUCUUCAGCUUUUUGCUUUACUUUUGCACCUAUCUCUCUGACUUUGCACAUGCCAUGAUCUACGUGGUGAUUAUUGAGCGACGAAGGCGACAAGCUACUGCCACCCCGUCGCUAGCAGAGUUUAAGGACAUGGGCGCAGCAAGCAAAGAGAAAUCUAGGCAAAAAUCAUCCGCUACCGCCGAGCGGAGAAAUUUGAGCCACAAAGCCUUGGGUGUUGCCCAACGCGUUUUAGCACAAAAAAAUAAACAGAAUCAUCUCGGAGGUGGCAGCAAGGCCAAGGCCAAUUGA